AUGGAAUACAAAGAGAUAUUUUCGGAUUCUUUGGAUUUUCCUACUAAUAUAAUGCAUGUUGAAGACGAAGAAUUACCCUCAGUGACCAAAGAAUUAUCAGUGACUCUGCGGUUAAAUGUUCAGAGUCAUAGUACAGGUUGGCAAAAUAUCUUUCAUAAAGGAGUAAAUAAUUAUGCUCGAACUCCCAGUAUUUGGAUAUGGCCGAACACCGCAAAACUUCACCCUAGAUUCACUACAAAUGAUUGUCACGAUUGUGGAAUCGACGAAAUCUCCAUUGAACUUGAAUUAAAUAAAUGGUAUCAUAUAGGUUAUACACUUUCAGAACCUCUUAAACGCAUGGACUUCUAUUUAAAUGGAAAAUGA